GGUGAUGGUACAGUGUUAUUUGUUAGUAAUUUAUUUCAAAGAAUCGUUCCACCAGUUAUUUCAUUUGCAUUAGGGCUGUUGGGAUUUUUAACCAAUUUUGAAUUUGAACAAUUUAGAAAAAGAAUGUCUAAUGUUUUAGAAUCAGGAGUUAGAGCGUAUUUAAGAAUGAGAUUUACUUGCAGAGUUCAUAAAGCAAAUGGGAAGUUAGUUUGUGAGCAACAAGUAUUAAACGAAUUAGUUAUUGAUCGUGGUCCUUCACCUUAUGUAACACAAUUGGAAUUAUAUGGAGAUGGAUCACUUUUGACGGUGGCUCAAGCCGACGGUUUAAUUAUAGCCACUCCAACAGGAUCAACUGCAUAUUCAUUAUCAGCAGGAGGCUCUUUGGUUCAUCCUGGGGUUAGUGCGAUCAGUGUUACUCCUAUUUGUCCUCAUACUUUAUCGUUCAGGCCAAUUUUAUUACCCGAUGGAAUGUUUUUAAAAGUUAAAGUCCCAGAGUUAAGUAGAUCAACCGCAUGGGCUUCAUUCGAUGGUAAAGUUCGUACAGAAUUGGAUAAAGGAGAUUAUGUUACUAUUCAAGCAUCACCAUUCCCAUUUCCUACCGUCAUAUCAUCGAAAACAGAAUACAUCGAUAGUGUUAGUCGAAAUCUAAACUGGAAUGCUAGAGAACAACAGAAACCUUUCACUCAUUUGUUAUCGGGUCCAAAUAAAGAUCGAAUCGGUAAUGACUCUACAUUAGAACAAUUGAAUCGUGGUGGUGGCCGCGGCCAACAAGAAGAAGAUUACGAUAUCAAUUAUGAUGACGAAGACGACGAUGAAGAAUUAGAAGAUGAACAAUACCGUCAUGAAAAUCAUCCUAGGAGAGAAAGUAAUUAUACCGAUUCAAGCGUUAGCACUCUACCAAAUCAUCCAUUCGAUGAUCACCGACAAGACGAUUACGAAGAAGACGACUACGAGGAAGAAGACUACGACCACUACAAAGAAUACGAGGACGACCCAUUCAUUCCCAGUCCCGGUGGUGGACUAAACACCCCUCCUCCCACCAACAACCUAACCUCCUUCGGGGCAUUUGAUGAUCGGGAAUACUACGCCCAUCCAAACGCAAGAUUGGCACUGUACGACACUGCUCCUUCUCGACACUCUUCUGCCACCUCCACCGAAACCGACGGCAUCACCAUCUCUCCAAAACCCAACUUUCAGCCUUAAUCUGUACAUACCUGCUAUCAAUACAUCUCACCCAUCACCCAUCACCCCGUACACCAAGAAGUAGUAGCCUUUGCCCAGUGCACGACCACCUCUGCGCCAAUUUUUGAUGAAAUUGUCGCUUUGAUGAGGUCGUGCGCGUUUGUAAGGCGUGAGACCAAUUUCUAACAAUUUUUUUCUUUUUUUGCCCUUUUGCCCUUUUCUUUUUGAGCG